CACUGGUCCUAGGGCAUGAGUUCUUUGAUCUUUAUGUAAUCUUAUCCUUGCAUAAUCUUAUCCUUGCGUAAUCUUCUAUGGAGAUUUGGAUAGGGAGCAGAGCAGUGUUUUGUUUGAAGCUGGACUAUAGGCGAGGAAGGAUUUCUCCUCUCUGUCUCUCUGCAUCCCGUUUGUUGUCCUUACAUUGGAGAGACUAUUACUGUACUGUACGGACUAAAACGAGGUGCAAAUUAUAAACAGACGUGUCUGAUUUGGCAGCGGAUGGAUUUCACUUCAGAGAAUGAUUGAGGAUGGCUAAAUCUGAUCUGACGUUAAGACCUCAAUUAAGCGAUGCCAGGGAUUCCACCAGCUGCUGCUCCAUGCUGUGUAGGAAGAGAACCAUAAUACAGGAAGUUCCUCUCCUUUAACAACAACACACCGACCGUCUCCUAGCAUGUUGCCUCCACGCAGAGCAGGCGCCCUGCCGGAGCCCUCCCCCUCUGCCUCUCCCUCUCCCUCUCUCAGCCUGAGGAGGAUCCAGGUUCGAUGGGCCUUGUACGUCUUCCUCUCCCUGGCCCUCCUCUGGUUCCCGUCUGGGGCGGUAGCCUCAACCCUCAACUGCCACAAGACCUGCAUCUGUGCCAGUAACAUCGUGAGCUGUUCCAAGAUGAACCUGACCACGGUGCCCACUGGCCUGCCUCUCUACAUGGCCGUCCUGGACCUCAGCUACAACGACGUCUCCCGGCUGAAGGCUGAGUGGACCACGGUGAAACUCAUCAAACUCCACAACCUCCUACUCAGUCACAAUGGCCUUCACUUCCUCUCAUCUGAGGCCUUCGUCUACGUCAAACACCUGCGCUACCUGGACCUGUCCUCCAACAACCUGCGACAGCUGGACGAGUUCAUCUUUGAGCCGCUGGGGCAGCUGGAGGUGUUGUUGCUGUACAACAACCGUAUAUCUCAGAUUGACCGCUCAGCCUUCCAGGGUCUCCACAGCCUGCAGAAACUCUACCUGUCCCAGAACAUGAUCUCACGCUUCCCCCUGGAACUGGUCAAGGACAAGACCCGCCUGGGGAAACUCAGCCUGAUGGACAUCUCCUCCAACAGGAUCAAGGUCCCCCCCAUCGAGGAGCUGCAGGUGCUGCCUGCCUGGAUAAAGAACGGCCUCUACUUCCACAACAACCCUCUGGUCUGUGACUGUAGCCUAUAUAGUCUCCUGGCCCACUGGCACAUCCUCCGGCUCAACUCAGCCCUGGACUUUAAAGACGAGUACAGCUGCUAUCUCCCCGGGCCCCAGAAAAGCAGGGUGGGGGUCUUCGACCUCAACAGAGACUACAUGAACUGUAGUACGUUCUACGAGGCGGACGAGGAAGCUUGGCUGGAACAGACGCUGAUCUUGCGCUGUGAUACUAAACACAGAGAUCCGUCUAAGACCUGGGUGAUGCCUGGUGAUGUAGUGGUGACAGAAGGCCUUAACCAGACAGCCAAGGUGCUUCCUGACGGUAGUCUCCAGAUCGGCCCGGUGAAGCCGGACGACUCGGGGACGUACACAUGCUACGCUGUGAGCGAGGCCCUCAACGAGACGAUCUACGUGCUGCUCAAGGUGCAUAACUUCACGGAGAAGGGAAAUGGCGAGAACCUGAAUACGGCCUACACCACCCUGGUGGGCUGCGUGACCAGUUUGGUCCUAGUGUUCAUCUACCUGUACCUGACCCCCUGCCGAUGCUUCUGCUGCCCCAAGAACAACCACCAGGACUCCUUCCACUCCUCCAUGCUCAGCCAGGAAGACUUGGCCAACAACACAGACCCAAGGCACGUGGCCUUCAUCGACCCCAAGGAGCUUGGGCAGAACGGGAAAGUGAACCCCAGCGAUAUGGAGGCGGACCAGGGAGAGAUGGAUGAGGAGGGAGGAUUACUGGGGAAGGGAAGGAGGAAGAAGUCUGUGGCUGAGUCUAUUAGUUUGGUCUUCUCUGACACCCCCAUAGUGGUCUGAGAUGGUACGGACCGGAGAGCUCGGUGUACGCUGUGACGUGAUUGGAUGGAUCAGUGAUGUAUGUGGUGUGAUUGGAUGAAACUGUGAAUACUUCCUGGAGGUGGGAACUUGGACAGAAAGCCAAUCACAGUUCCCCAAAUUGACCAAACUGACUAAUGAGAAGCUUCAGGGGAGUGUUAAACACAUUGCCUUGGUAUUAACAAGGACAAUUGACAAUAGUCAGGACCGUUCCAGCAUUUAAUUUGUAGCACUUAAAUAUACAGUACAUACUGUGAAAGCCUGACAGAGUAGUGUAGGAGGACACUAUUCCUUCCCGUGAUACAGUAAUGGUGGAAGAGGAUAUCAUGUUUGGACAGUAUCAGUACUCAGGAAGACAUUGCCUGCUGGAGAUACAGAGAAUAUGAGACCAUUUUAAACAUUUAAAGAAAGGAUAUAAAAUAGAAAUGAACACAUUUUGGGAAAAUAAAAUAGUUCAUACAUAUUGACAUAAUCAAAGUCAUGAACAUGAGCCUUGUAGACUGACUCCUAUUUCUAUUUACUGAUUGGAAGUAGACUAGCGGGAGCGUCUUCUGUAGACGUUAGUACGUACACGCGGUAGCUAUACCGUAUAUAUAGAAAUGGAAUGACUUUAUAUUACUUCCUGACAUGGGUACAUUCAAUAUGGCCGUCAGUCCACCCAUCAUAGAACAUUGACUUGGAUGGGAAUGUCUAUUCUAGUAAUUCUAUUUCUAUGUAUAUACCCCUCCACCCCAGAGUUGGCCAAACUCUCUAUUAUGUUUGCUACCAGCAGGUCAUGAAUAAUCGUUACCAGUGAGUCAUACUGAAGAGGAGCAACAUGUUAUCAAUAAGCGUCACCUUACGGCCCACAGACCAGACAGAGUGGGAACCAGGAAAUGGAUCUUCUAUUCUACUCCCUCAUAGUUAGGUCAGAUAGUUAUUUAGUCAUAAUGAGAUAGCAACAGAGCACAAUAGUGGAAUAGAAGGUCAUUGUGGUUCACUUGAUACUUGAUUUAAUUAUGAAUAGGUCAACUACUGUACGAAGACUUCACCCUUGUUAAGUCAAAGCUUGUUACUCUAAAAUGUUGAUGCACAAAUUUGUUUCCAUCCUUUUAGUUAGCAUUUCUCCUUUGCCAAAAUAAUGAUCUAAAAUGGAGAAUUAUAAUCACCGUUAGGAAGAAAAAACAGU